GAUGUGGGAGUUUGCAAGUUCCCUUCCAGUGCUGCUGCUGAGUUUGCUGCUUUCACGAUCGUACUGUGAAGUUGUCCAUUACUACACCAACGAAGAAGAACCUCCCGGCACAGUGAUUGCGGUUCUAUCACAGCACCCGAAGUUCAGCUCCUCUGAUGGCAGUUUCCGUCUGAUGAAGCAGUUCAACAGCUCCCUCGUCCACGUCCGGACCAGUGAUGGGCAGCUGAGCAUCGGGGAGAGGCUAGAUCGGGAGCAGAUUUGCAAACAGUCUCUUAAUUGUAUCCUUGCCCUGGAUGUGGUCAGUUUCUCCAAGGAACAAUUCAGUCUGAUUCACGUUAAAGUUGAGGUGAGAGACAUUAAUGACAACAGCCCCUACUUCCCCAACCCAGAAAUACCCGUGGAGGUGUCUGAAAGUUCUCCUGUUGGCACCAGAAUCCCUUUACCCGUGGCCAUUGAUGAAGAUGUUGGGUCAAACUCUAUUCAGGACUUCGAACUCUCAGAUAAUAGUCACUUUAGCAUCGACGUGCAGACCAGGGCUGAUGGGGUGAAGUACGCAGAGCUUGUUUUAAUGAAAGAGCUUGACCGAGAGAGACAGUCUUCCUACACCUUGGAACUGGUGGCCAUGGACGGGGGAAGUCCAUCUCGCUCUGGCAGCGCCGUUAUUCAUGUUAAGGUGAUGGACUUUAAUGAUAACAGCCCAGUAUUUGAGAGGAACACUGUUGUUGUGGAGCUUAUAGAGGACGCGCCUCCUGGACAUCACUUGCUGGACCUCAAAGCAGCCGACUCAGAUGAAGGUGUGAAUGCAGAAAUUGUGUAUGGUUUCAGCCCUCAAGUGCCUCAGGAGGUUCGACAGCUGUUUAAACUCGAUCCAAAAUCCGGUCGUCUAACUCUUGAAGGUCAAGUUGACUUUGAGCUCAAACAAACCUAUGAGUUUGAUGUACAAGCUCAUGACUCGGGUGCCAAUCCUUUAACUGCUACCUGUAAAAUCAUCGUGCAUAUCAUUGAUGUGAAUGACAAUGCCCCGGAUAUAAGCAUCACCCCUCUCACUUCCAUCAGCUCAGGAGUCGCUUAUAUCACCGAGGCUGCUGCUAAAGGUAGUUUAGUGGCGCUGAUCAGCACCACGGACAGGGACUCCGGUCCGAACGGGCAAGUUCACUGCACUCUCUAUGGACACGAUCACUUCAAGCUACAACCAGCAUAUGAAGACAGCUUCAUGAUCGUCACCACUUCUUCUUUAGAUCGAGAAAAGAUAGCCGAGUACAACCUGACUGUGGUCGCUGAAGACAAAGGAUAUCCUUCACUGAAAACCAACUACCACUACACUAUCAGGGUGAGUGAUGAAAAUGACAACCCGCCUAUGUUCUCCAAACCAGCGUUUGAAGUGUCCAUCCUAGAAAAUAAUGCACCUGGGGCUUACAUCACCACUGUAGUUGCAAGAGAUCCUGAUACUGGCAACAACGGUAAAGUUUCCUAUAGUCUGGUGGAAGAAAAAGUUUUUGGCCAGUCUUUGUCCACAUUUGUAGCCAUAGAUGCAGACUCUGGGGUACUGCGUGCUGUCAGAUCUCUGGACUAUGAAAAACUCAAACAAAUAGAUGUUCAAGUUGAGGCCACAGACAACGGGACCCCCCAACUCUCCAGUCGUACUCAAUUACAAAUCAAAAUAGUUGAUCAAAACGACAAUGCUCCCGUGAUCACAUACCCAAUUCUAGACAGUUCAUCAGCUGACAUCAUGUUGCCAGUCAAUGCCCCUCCAAACUAUUUAGUUUUCCAGAUUAAAGCCACAGAUGCAGAUGAAGGACUUAACUCUCAGUUGUUCUACACCAUAUUGAGGGACACAAACAGAUUGUUUUCCAUUAACAAAGGAACUGGUGAAGUAUCUCUGAGAAGGAAAAUAACCCCAACGCAAGUUGAGGACUUGAGCAUAGUGAUUGCUGUGUAUGACUCAGGUAGACCUUCCUUGUUUUCCAAUGCCACCAUAAAGUUCAUUCUCACAGACUCCACUCCUUCCAGUGUAGAGAUAGUUAUUAUGCAUUCAUCUGAGGAAGAACAACAACAGUUUGAUCUGUCUAUAAUCUUUAUUGCGGUUUUAUCCGGAGGAUGCGCUCUGCUCCUCAUUGCCAUCAUAUUUGUGGCCUGUACUUGUAAAAGAAAAUCAAGCCAAUUUAAACGCGACUCAGAAGUCAGCAGAAUUUACAGAGAAGACCAGCCAUUAAGCUCCAGUGGUCCUUCAUCCAGCAACUCUUCAUCUUCAGAUGCUCAAUCUGAAUCUUGCCAGUUGUCAAUCAACACAGAAUCUGAAGAUUGCCGCUUUUCAACCCACUCAGACCAAAAUGGAGACCUGAACAGACCUUCAGAUGUUUCAGCUUCUGACCAUUCAAUUCCUACAUCGUCUUGGCAUCAAGAAAACCCCACAAGGAUGAGCAGCUUGACUUCUCAAGAGGAGCAAUGCAGUACUAAAGACAGUGGCAGAGGAGACAGUGAUUUCAAUGACAGUGACUCUGAUACCAGCGGGGAAUGUCCGAAAAAGAACCAUACCCAGUCCAUUCAGAAUCAACCAGGUGUCAUGCACAUUGAGCACUCAAGGGCGUUACCCAAAGGAGAAAGGUGCUUCAGCUACGGAACUGAGAGAGGCCUCUACAAUGGAAACUUUAUGCUACAUCAUGAAAUGGAACGUGCCAUGCCACUGCCUUUAGCUACCACUCAUUACAAUACGUAUAACCCAAGAAUACAGAAUGUUCACAUUCUUCAUCAACACAAAGAAUCGUACUAUCAUUACAACAAUGCAACAGUUGGAAGAUUACAGAGACAAUAUGAAGUAGACAUGGUAAACAGAGGCGCAACAAUGUCUCCUCCAAGACUGUCUAGAAAAUAUCAAGAAUAUAGUUAUAAUCCAGAAACAUUAUUACACAACCAUGCUUCUGAAAUAGCUACAACUUUUUAAAAGUUUCUAAAAGAAGAAGUAAAUGUUCACGCUGUUGACUUCACUUAUAAAGUGAAAUAAACUUAGGCUUUAACCAGUCAGAAGAUGCUGGGUGAGAUC